CCAGCCGAGUGGCCACAGCGAGCAGCCGGCCGGCGUCUGCUCUGCAUAACAACCUCAGAGGGUUGGCAGGCCCGCAGGCAGCGAUGGCUGUGGUGACGCGACGCUGGCUGUCAUCAGUCGCCUCCGCGAUGUCGUCGGGGAAAGGUGUCGUGGUGCCGGUGGCGGAAGCUCACCGCUUCAUGGCGGACUGUAUGAAAGCCGUGGGUGCUAGCGCAGACAACGCUGCCGCCAUGGCGGACCUGCUGGUCGCCGCCGACCAGAAGGGGCACUUCAGCCACGGCAUGAACAGGCUCGAGAUGUAUGUGGGCGACGUGAAGAGUGGGUUAUGUCGCCCCAACGCAGAGGCGGCUGUUCUGAAGGAAUCGCCCUCGACGGCAUGGGUGGACGGCAGAAACGGACUGGGUCCGGUCGUGGGCAACUUUUGUAUGCAGCUCGCCAUCCAGAAGGCCAAGCAGACCGGCGUGGGGUGGGUCGUCGCCAAAGGUUGCAAUCAUUAUGGAAUGGCUGGUUUUUAUGCUAUCCAAGCACUGCAAGAGGGAAUGUUGGGCAUGUCUUUCACAAACACAUCACCAUUGUUGACACCAACUCGUGCAAAGCAGGCAGCCCUGGGUACAAAUCCGUUGUCACUCGCAGCUCCAGGGACUAAAGGGGACAGUGCUGUUAUUGAUAUGGCCACCACAGCUGUUGCUGUGGGAAAGAUUGAAAUGCAGCGGCGCAAAGGAGAACCUAUUCCAUCUGGCUGGGCUCUGGGACCCAAUGGUGCAGAAACAACUGACCCUGAAGUGGCCUUCAACACUGGCUGUCUUAUGCCCCUUGGAGGCCAAGAAAUAAAUUCUGGGUAUAAGGGCUAUGGCUUGGGCCUUCUUGUUGAAAUAUUUUGUGGAAUACUUAGUGGUUCUAGUUAUGGUCCUAAUAUCCGCCAUUGGAUGCAGAAUUCUGAUAAACCUGCAAACUUGGGUCAGUGUUUUGCAGCAAUUGAUCCAAAGUGCUUUGCUCCAGAUUUUGAAUGUCGUAUGGAAGAUCUGAUGACACAUCUCAGAAAUAUGACACCAGCUAAUCCUAGCAAGCCAGUUCUUGUACCAGGUGAUCCUGAGAGGAAUAACAUGAAACUUGUCGAAAAACAAGGAGGAAUUCAAUACCAUGAGAACCAACUCAAGGCAUCGCUUGAACUCGCACAGUCUUUAGGUGUGCAGCCAAUGAAGACAGUACCCAUCAAGACAUAGUAGACAGUCUCUGGAUGCAUGUACUUCAGGAAAAAGAUUGACAAGGAAAGAAAGACCAAAAUUGAGCCAGAAACUCGUGCCAAUUGCAUUUAUUUUGAUGGCCAACAUGAAAUAUAGAAAGAAUUUGCAAUGCAUUUGUUAACACAGCACUGAUAUGUUAUCAAGUUUAUAGCAGUUGUUAAAGUUUUCAGUGUUUAUUAAAGAAACAACCUGUUUUCAA